AUGGGUGCUUCGCACCUGAAUUAUCUUUCCAUUCGCUUGAAAUUCGCCGCAGUGGGUGAUUCAUUCACCGCUGGCAUAGGCGCCGGCAAAAUCUAUAGUACUGGCAAAUCGGAUGUCUCGUGUUCUCGCUAUGACAUGUCUUACCCUGCUGUCAUGAAUCGGUUUAUUGGAGGCGCAGACUUCAGCUAUUUGGCAUGCUCGGGAGACACCUCCACGGACAUAUCCACCCAGAUCGAUAACUUGGAUUCUGAUCAGGAUCUGGUCGUCUUGACUGCCGGUGGCAAUGACUUGUGCCUGUCAUCUAUGAUCGCAAGUUGUGUUGUGUCUCCUGUGUCAUCUGAAUCGGCUUGCCAAAAAACAAUAGACCACGCGAGUGAUGGCAUAGAUGACUACUUGAGUGAUAACAUCAAGUCACUCUUAGAGAAGCUUGAUGACAAGAUGGCUGAUAAUGGUAUUGUUGUCUUUGUUCUCUAUGCAGAGUACUUUGAUGUCACGAGCGAUGAAUGUGCCACUGAGCAGAAUUGGGCAUUCCCAUUGGGGUUUGCUCUAUCGCUGACCACGGAGCGUCGGGAAACCUUCAAUGAUCUCGUGCAGAAAACCAAUGCGGCACUGAAGAAAGGCGCAAAAGCUGCAUCGACGAGUAAAAUGACCCUUACGAUUGCCGAUUGGGACCCGUGGGUGAAGCUCAGAAAAGGUCACAUGUGCAUGCCGGGGGCAAGUCCUGAUCCCAACGAUUCGUCAAACGAUGACUUGAUGUUUUUCAAGCUGAACACCAGAUCCAUGAAGGGUAAUAUCGUUCAUGAUGAGUUGAGAAGACGGGGCGAUGGGGCUGGUGGCCUCGAUUGGCUCACGGUUGCGCAGAAUAUUACCGAGCUGGAGAUGGAAGAGGCCGAACACAGAAAGAGGUGGGAGGCUGCAAUUGAGUUACAAAAGCUCGCUGAGAGAGACAUCACAGCCGCGUCGUGUGACUCCGGCCUCAUCCAGAAGUUGAUUGGCGUCGUAUUAGGCGACGGAGUUGGCAAAAUCUUCCAUCCCAAUGAAUUGGGGCACACUGCCAUUGCCUCAUAUGCCCUGGAUGCGGCUUUACAAGCCCGAGCACAGCUUCUAGGAGAGGACGUUGGAGACAGUUGUGUCGCUUCCACGACUUUGACCUGUAGUCAAAAGUCCGGGUCAAAGAAGUACGCCAGCGAUUUUUCGUUGUAUUCCAACACUGCGGACUUCUGCUCCAGCGUGAAAAGCAAUGCGCCCAGUAAUGGUCGCACCAACUGGGAGUACGAGAAGACCUAUUAUUCUGGAACUCUCGAUGAGAGUACCUUCAAGCUGCAACUUGCCAACGGGGCCAGCGAGUUUGAUGAAGAUUCCUGCAACACCGCUGUGAAUUCGAUCCUGGACGACUGCGACGGCAAUGAUGCAUCUAACCCGAUGAAUUUCAAGUUUGGCGGUACUCUUGUCGAUGGAAGUUAUACAUAUACCAUCUCGCCCCAGCGCAGCAACCGUCCAUGGCCUGUCCCGACGGAGCCCACGGGAAGCUGCACGGGGAAGUACAAAUUCCUUUGGGAUUCGUAUGACAUUUAUGGAACCGGUUGGGCAUCAUGGGACUCCGGCCAGAAGAGCCUGAGGCCAAAUUCCACCAACUGUUUCGGCCUCGGUCUCACCAAGUGGAAUUUCGAAUAUUAUGACGAGCCUGACUCUAAUGGGAUGGAAUGGCAUGCUUCCUUCCGUUCUCCCAUCUGGACGCGGAGUAGAUGUUUCAAUAACAACAAGGUCCAAUCAGGCGCCGGUGGACCGAGUUCCGGUGGCUGUUCGGGCAAUGGAUAG